ACAUUAACCAACUUUUCCCUCUUUUAAAUUCUCUACCGCAGUCGCCUGGGAGACAUCGUCGAGGAUGAAGAAUGGGUACACCAUUGGAGACGUCUGGAGCUUCGAGCGCCACCACCAAGCCCUUCCGCCUCCCGAUGCUCCCUCCCACGUUGUUUUGGGCUUGGACGGUGGCACCACCUCCACCGUCUGCGUCUGCAUCCCUCUCCAACACCUCCACCUCCACCCUCACUCCGAUCCUCCUCCCCUCCUCGCCCGCGCCGUCGCCGGUUGUUCCAACCACAACAGCGUUGGAGAAGCUGCUGCCAGGGAGACAUUGGAACAGGUUAUGGCUGAAGCCCUUUCAAAAUCAGGUUCAAAUAGGUCUGCUGUUCAAGCUGUUUGCUUAGGUGUUUCUGGUGUUAACCAUCCUACAGAUCAGGAAAUGAUAUUAAGUUGGCUAAGGCCCAUAUUCCCAAGCCAUGUCAAGCUGUAUGUUCAGAAUGAUUCUGUAGCAGCUCUGGCAAGUGGGACUAUGGGAAAGCUUCAUGGUUGUGUUUUAAUUGCUGGUACGGGGUGCAUUUCUUAUGGGAUUACUGAAGAUGGAAGAGAAGCUCGAGCUGCUGGUGCUGGACCUGUCUUAGGUGAUUGGGGAAGUGGCUAUGGUAUUGCUGCACAGGCAUUGACAGCAAUAAUAAGGGCUCAAGAUGGUCGCGGUCCACAGACAAUGCUUACAAAUAGCAUUCUAAACACACUUGGUCUUUCCUCUUCAGAUGAACUCAUAGGGUGGACCUAUGCAGACCGAUCCUGGGCCCGCAUUGCAGCACUUGUUCCGGAAGUGGUAUCUUGCGCAGAAGCUGGAGAUCAAAUUGCAAAUAAAAUUCUAGUUGAUGCAGUUCAAGAAUUGGCUCUGAGUGUGAAAGCUGUUGUUCAAAGACUUUGCUUGUGUGGUGAAGAUGGAAAUGGUUCUUUCCCUAUUGUGAUGGUUGGUGGUGUUCUUGAAGCUAAUAAGAGAUGGGAUAUAGGAAAAGAGGUUAUUAGCUGUAUCCACAAGAACUUUCCAGGGGCUCGUCCAAUCAGACCAAAGGUGGAGCCUGCAGUUGGUGCAGCUUUGCUUGCCUGGAAUUUCUUGACAAAAGAAUCCAAAGGGAACUGCUAUAGCUGACAGGGGAUGUCUUCUAAGCGUUUUACUGUAUAGUUGAAACUAUGACAAGAGUCGCAAGACACCAGAAGAAUAAUUAUUAUAAUUUGCCCAUCCAGUGUAUGUCAAACUUCUCCCUAACAAUUUAAAUAAUCUUCCCCCAAACCACAUCUUGUACCAUUUCCUUUUCAAUGUCCUGUAUUCAGAAGUUAACACGAACAGAAACACUACGCCUACAUUCUGGUUUCAAUUUUAUUUUUCCCACAAGUUUAAUGCCUA